UCAUUUUUUUCUUUUUCUUUACACUCUCUUUUGCUCUCUCUCUCUCUCUCGCUCGUCUCUUCAUCGGAAACCAUGACGGACGGCCACUCCUUCAAUAACAUCUCUCUCAGCGGUCGCGGCGGAACGAACCCUGGCCUUCUUAAGAUUAACUCUGGAGGUAUUCAAUGGAAGAAGCAAGGUGGUGGGAAAGCUGUGGAAGUUGACAAAUCUGAUAUUGUAGGUGUUAGUUGGAUGAAAGUUCCAAAGACUAAUAAUCAGUUGGGGGUCAAAACCAAAGAUGGGUUAUACUAUAAGUUCAUUGGGUUUCGGGAUCAGGAUGUUGCAAGUCUGACCAGCUUUUUCCAAAGUAGUUAUGGGACAACACCUGAAGAGAAACAGUUAUCUGUUAGUGGUCGAAAUUGGGGAGAGGUUAAUUUGAAUGGGAAUACUCUCACCUUUUCGGUUGGUGCAAAGCAAGCUUUUGAAGUAUCCUUAGCUGAUGUUUCGCAGACUCAGCUUCAAGGAAAAAAUGAUGUCAUAUUGGAGUUCCACGUUGAUGACACUGCUGGUGCCAAUGAGAAAGACUCACUGAUGGAGAUAGGUUUUCAUAUUCCUAAUUCCAACACCCAGUUUGUUGGUGAUGAAAACCGUCCGCCCGCUCAAGUUUUUAAUGACGAAAUCAAGUUAAUGGCUGAUGUUACUGCUGGAGCUGAGGAGGCGGUCGUCACAUUCGAGAGUAUUGCAAUCCUCACACCCAGGGGUCGGUACAGUGUGGAACUUCACCUUUCUUUCUUACGUUUGCUAGGACAAGCUAAUGACUUUAAAAUCCAAUACAGUAGUGUUGUCCGCUUGUUCUUGCUUCCUAAGUCAAAUCAACCACACACAUUUGUUGUUAUCUCUCUAGACCCACCAAUCCGGAAAGGUCAGACAAUGUACCCCCACAUUGUGAUGCAGUUUGAGACUGACGCCGUUGUAGAAAGUGAACUGUCAAUUAGUAAUGAUCUUAUGAAUACAAAGUUCAAGGACAAGCUGGAGCGAUCAUAUAAGGGUCUCAUUCAUGAAGUAUUCACCACCGUGUUGCGUUGGCUGUCUGGUGCAAAGAUCACUAAACCAGGGAAGUUCCGCAGUGCCCAAGAUGGGUUUGCAGUGAAAUCAUCUCUGAAGGCAGAAGAUGGGGUUCUUUAUCCACUUGAGAAGGGCUUUUUCUUUUUACCUAAACCUCCAACGCUUAUACUUCAUGAUGAGAUUGACUAUGUGGAGUUUGAAAGGCAUGCUGCUGGUGGUUCUAACAUGCAUUACUUCGAUCUUNACCCACCAAUCCGGAAAGGUCAGACAAUGUACCCCCACAUUGUGAUGCAGUUUGAGACUGACGCCGUUGUAGAAAGUGAACUGUCAAUUAGUAAUGAUCUUAUGAAUACAAAGUUCAAGGACAAGCUGGAGCGAUCAUAUAAGGGUCUCAUUCAUGAAGUAUUCACCACCGUGUUGCGUUGGCUGUCUGGUGCAAAGAUCACUAAACCAGGGAAGUUCCGCAGUGCCCAAGAUGGGUUUGCAGUGAAAUCAUCUCUGAAGGCAGAAGAUGGGGUUCUUUAUCCACUUGAGAAGGGCUUUUUCUUUUUACCUAAACCUCCAACGCUUAUACUUCAUGAUGAGUGCAGCUCCAAAGGUUUGAAGAUUAUGAACCUUGGAGGUGCCGGAAGCGCAGACGGAGGUGUUGCUGCUGUUCUUGGGGAUAAUGAUGAUGAUGAUGCUGUUGACCCCCAUCUUGAGCGUAUCAGAAACCAAGCUGCUGAUGAGAGUGAUGAGGAGGACGAAGACUUUGUUAUGGGUGAGGAUGACGACGGUGGUUCACCAACUGAUGAUUCUGGCGAGGACGACUCUGAUGCUAGUGAAGGCGGCGGAGGAGAGAAAGAGAAAUCUAUCAAAAAGGAUCUCAAGAGAGAAGCUUCAUCAUCUUCGAAAGGAUUGCCUCCUAAGAAGAAAGUGUUAGCCACAGAUGAAGGCAGUAGUAAGAAGAAGAAGCAGAAAAAGAAGAAAGAUCCCAACGCACCAAAAAGAGCAAUGUCUGGUUUCAUGUUCUUCUCUCAAAUGGAAAGAGAUAACAUAAAGAAGGAACACCCGGGAAUAGCAUUUGGAGAGGUGGGAAAGGUGCUUGGAGAUAAGUGGCGUCAAAUGUCUGCUGAGGAAAAAGAGCCGUAUGAAGCCAAAGCCCAAGUUGACAAGCAGCGUUACAAGGAUGAGAUUAGUGAUUACAAGAACCCUCAACCGAUGAACGUGGACUCAGGAAACGAGUCCGACAGUUCCUAAACUUUGAUACCCCAAGAUUCUCUAGUACUGUAGUAGUAGUAGUAGUAGUAGUAGUAUCAUCUUCUCAAAUGUAGCGAUUUUACGAUAAAAUAACGAUAUGACUUAUAAAAUCUUAUCUUUAGCUGCUUUGAGUUAUAACUUGAAGUCUAGAAUACUUCUGAUGACAA